AUUAAAACACACUCCUUCUUUCACAAUUCCUCUUCUGAUUUUGAAAAACUCUCUGCAAAUUUUGAAAUUCAUCCAUGGCUGGAACAUCAGAGACUGAUCCCAAUCUCGUCACUUCAUACCAAUUCCCGCAGUUGACGCACAGAUAUACCGAAAGGGACGCUGCGUUAUAUGCGCUUGGCGUUGGAGCUUGCUCCAAAGAUGCGGUUGAUGAUAAGGAGCUCAAAUAUGUCUACCAUCACGAAUCCAUUAAGGUUUUGCCAACAUUUGCUACUCUAUUUUCUGUUGAAUAUCUGCCAUAUUUUACACAUAUGCCGGGUUUGGUAUUUGAUCCUAGGCUCCUAUUACAUGGGCAACAGUUCAUAGAGAUAUACAAAUCUCUUCCUUCUAAUGGCUGUAUACUAAAUAAGGCGACGAUUUCUGGGUUGCAUGAUAAAGGUAAGUCAGCAAUUCUCGAGGUUGAAAUUUCAAGUUACAAAAAAGAGUCUGGCGUAUUACUGUGUGUGCAACGGAUGUCUCUUUAUUUGCGGGGUGCUGGUGGAUUCUCAAAAUCAUCCCAGCCUUACUCUUUUUCCAAAUACCCGUCCAGUCAGACAUUGACUUAUAAAAUUCCUAAAAGUCAACCAUUUGCUGUAUUUGAAGAAUGCACACAACCCUCACAGGCCCUCCUUUACAGACUUUCUGGUGAUUACAACCCACUGCACUCGGAUCCUAAGGCUGCUGAAAUGGCCGGAUUCUCUCGUCCGAUCUUGCAUGGACUCUGCACGCUCGGGUUUGCAGUCAGAGCCAUCAUCUAUAAGAUCUGUCGAGGUGACCAAAAUAUGAUCCGGAACAUAACUGGGAAAUUUCUGUUACAUGUCUACCCAGGUGAAACAUUGAUAACUGAAAUGUGGGUCGAAGGAAUGAGAGUGGUUUAUCAGUUGAAGGUCAAAGAACGAAACAAGGCUGCACUUUCUGGCGUCGUCACUCUCAACUACUUCACCUCGUCUCUGUGAUCUCGAGCAUCGCAGAUUAAGUUUGCUUCUGGGUUAUGUACCUCUGAAUAAUAUGGCCUUCUGUUAUACUGUGAAAUGGAGAGAAAUAAUUGUGUACUAGUGAUUUCUAAGUUUGUGAUUACUGUAUUGUAAAAGAGAGCAAUUUCUAAGCUUGUGAUCCGUUACAGAUAUUGAACUUUUGAAAUUACCUUUAAUAAAAACUAAAAUCAAAAUGGUAGAUCAAUUUUGCUA